UGCUUCCGUGUCUCAGGGUUCAGGUAGCCCAGGUUCUCAGGCGGGUCUGUGGGGGCGGACUCUGACAAAGGGACCCUCUGGCUUUGUGUGUGCCUGUGUUUCGGCUUGAACCUUGCCCUCUCCUUCCUUGUACAUCAUUAUGAGAUCCUGGAAAUUUACUUCUCUAGGCUUCAGAUUUUAUCCUUUCCCAAUGGAAACUGAAAAUCCUUUUCCUUAAUUGGCUUUAAAAGCAGAAUUGGUGAGUCUCUGGUCUCUGGGCAGUUGUGCCGGGCAUUGCCUGCUGGGCUGACUUCAGAGACUGCCUUUGUUUGAAGGUAGCUGGAAGGUUCCUUCAGUAUGGCUGUGCUCUUUGUUUUGAACCGGGUGUAGUUGGUUUCCAUAGUGGGUAGGAGUGGAGUGGCCUGUCCACAUACACUUGGGCUCCAGGAAGCCGAGGCAGUGCUUUGGCAGGAAGAGGGAGCUGAUCUCAGGCUUCUCCCGAGAGGAGUCUCCACACGCUCACUCUCAGACUCCUGCAGCCGAGGGCAGAGGAUACUCAGGCCCAGUGAGGGUUGAAUACCACGUGUCUACUCACUGUCACCCUCUGCACUGUGGGGGCUGAUGCUAGGCACACCUGCCCACAGUAGUGAGGUGGGAGCCUGGAGAGCAUGGACCUCUCCCAGGCAAGUUGGGACUCGUGGACUGUUUUAACUAGUGAUAGGAGAUAGCCCUGCCCACCAGGCCCGCCCAACCAACCACAGGGAGCCCAGCCUACAGAGCAGGGAAGGUGGGCCCGAGUAGACGUGGGUGCCAGCCUGGCUCGCAGAGGGUGAGGCAGCUAGGGGUGAGGGCACUUAGGGUUGGGGGUGGGCACCUGCCCACUAAUGUCUUUCCAAAAUGGAAAUGGAGCAGUCUGUUCCAGGGCUUUCAACUGGAAUUUCCUGAGUGGGACAGACUGUUUUUUCACUACAUUCAGAAUGGCUACUGGCUGUGCAGAGAAGGGCAUGACACUAGGGUGGAUUUGGGUUUUAGCAAGAACAUUCUGUAACCCCAACUUGACACCCUUGUUUUCCUUUGGGUGUUUCAGAGGGAUGAAAGCUCACUUCUUCUGAUGCCCGGCAGCGCGGUGCCCCCAACCUCGCACACGGACUUGAGCGUGACUCCUUUUCACUUGCACAGAUGGGUCCGUGAUGUGGCCCUGCCGUCCCCCAUUCUCCUCUGGCCUCUCUGCCUCUCUUGGCGGAUCGACUUGACCGUGGAGGAACUCCCUUGGUUAGGGUGCUCCUGCCUGCCCUCCCCGCACACUCGAGCCACAGCCAGCCGUUGCCACCGCCUUGCCUUCCUAGCGCGCCCAUGGUGAGUUUGUCGGCCACAGACUGCUACAUCGUGCACGAGAUCUACAAUGGGGAGAACGCCCAAGACCAGUUUGAGUACGAGCUGGAGCAGGCUUUGGAAGCCCAGUACAAGUACAUUGUGAUCGAGCCCACGCGCAUUGGUGACGAGACGGCGCGCUGGAUCACCGUGGGCAACUGCCUGCACAAGACGGCUGUGCUGGCGGGCACCGCCUGCCUCUUCACCCCGUUGGCACUGCCCCUAGAUUAUUCCCACUACGUCUCUCUGCCUGCUGGUGUGCUGAGCCUGGCCUGCUGCACCCUCUACGGAAUCUCCUGGCAGUUCGACCCUUGCUGCAAGUACCAAGUGGAGUACGAUGCCUAUAAACUGUCCCGCCUGCCGCUGCACACGCUGACCUCCUCCACCCCAGUGGUGCUGGUCCGGAAGGACGACCUGCACAGAAAGAGACUGCACAACACGAUAGCACUGGCUGCCCUGGUGUACUGUGUAAAGAAGAUUUACGAACUCUAUGCCGUAUGAUUUCAGUAGAACAGGGAGAGAGCAGAACCAUCUAGCCUACAAGAGACAACAUAGCAUUCAGAUUGCCACAGUAACAUUUUGUGCUCUGCAAGGCAGAGGAGCCUGGGAGGGUGUUUGGUUUAUAUUUGUUAUUUUUUUAAAAAUAACACAGAUCACGGGUGUACCAAGGGUUUUUCAACUCAUUACACUAAGAUAUGGAUUUCCAUAACCCAAGAAGGGGCGUCUGGGGCUGUGGAAGUCUGACUGGGCAGUGGAAUGUUGAUGGAAGCAAAUGCUACUGAGGGGUGUGAAUGCGCUUGGGGGAGGGCUUAAGAAUAUUGUUCGACUGUACCAUUCAGAGCCAGCCAGAAGCUAUUGACCAUUAAAAUUAUGAGAAUUUCAA